AUGUCAAGCGCAGCUUCCAAAGACGGUCAGGAAGGCUCGUAUUCGAUGUACCCGCCGACAUCGCCUGCGGGCCCUCCAGCCAGCAUGCAAUAUGGAAUGGGCGUGUAUGGCAACCCGAAUACGUUCGCGCAGUACGGGUACGGUUACCCAAUGCCGAUGGAUAUGUACGCUGGGCAAGGUGCCCCAUUCCUUGGUUACGGCAUUAAUCCAAACAUGAUGUAUUACGGUGGCGGAAGCGUUCCUCCCCCUAGCGGCCAGAAAAAAAAGUACUACAACAAAGUUGAAAACAAUGGUAAAACUGAAGCCGGCAACCAUCACAACAACCAUCACAAUGGGGUCCACUUCUAUGCCAAUGGAAAAUCUGGACCAACCUCGAACGGCACGGCGAUCCCAGCUGCUUCACCAUCAGGUGCCAGCAAAAGUGUCCCCAUCACUAUCAAAAACCAGUACAAGUUUGAAUUAGGGAAUGCCAACUCGGUCAGCACCACAGAUCUCAAGCUCGAAUACCCUUUUUUUGCAAACACCGAUGAAAGUGAGUUCAGCAAAGCACAGGAAAAGAGAAGAGAAUUGACAUUGAGGGCCUUCGGUGAAAUAUAUUGCGGCAAUUUUGGCGAGAAUAGCCAGACUCAAGACCCGGAGGUGGAAGCAUCAGCCCUAGAAUCCGUCGAAACUCCUGUGGAGACUCCUCAGGCUAGUUCCUCUGAAGAAUUAAAUGCAGCCGAGAAAACGGAAAAGUCGGAGCAAUCAACCGAACAAGAGAAAAAAGAGACUGAAAGCAGGAAGUCUUCUGUCACUAGCCAAGCUGCUCCCACCAAGGUCAUUAAAUCUUGGUCAGCGGUUGCCUCUAGCGCGGUGCCAAAGGCAUCGCCUUCAUCAGCCUCGGACCAAAAGAAGGACAAAAAAUACGUUCCACCAACCGUAAAAAGUCUGGAACCGCUGGGGGUUGUGGCUUUAAGGGUCUGUUUCGACCCCCAAUAUGUCAAGUACACAGCCGACCAAUACAAGGGUGCUGGAAUGGCGUUGCAGUCGGUGAUUCCUCGAGGUAUUGUAAAUACCGGAAACAUAUGUUUCAUGAGCUCCAUCUUGCAAGUUCUGCUAUUUUGUGAACCUUUCGUUAACCUCAUGAACUUAAUAAGUGUGAAGACAUCUGCCAAGAUGGGAAGCACUGGGUUUUUGCUUUUAGAUGCCUGUCUGGAGCUCUACAGGAAAUUUGACAAGCAGGCUUUCGAAAGAGAGAAAGCUUCCAGGAGCAGUAGUGGCGUUAAUAUUUCUAGCGCUUUAGCAGAUGCUAUUAAACCUGACGACUUUUACAAAACUUUGUCAAAGCUACCCAAAUUCAAGGAUCUUAGAUGGGGUCAUCAGGAAGACGCUGAAGAGUUUUUGACCCAUCUUCUAGACCAGCUGCAUGAGGAAUUCGUAAACUCAAUCGACUCGCUUUCAGACAGUGAGGUGAUAAGCCUGAUCAAUAGCAUCAAUGAUGAGGACACCAAAACAGUCUUCAUCAGAAACCUCGCAAAAUACAAGGAUGCAAAGUUCAUAAAAGAUUCAUCCAACGAAAUCAAGAGCAUGCUCGAGAAGUAUGACGCUGACGUCGACGACGCUGACGACACUUCUGGAAACGGCUGGCAAGAAGUCAGCAGCACCAGCAAGAAGGGAAAGAAAACUAAGACGGCUGCCAAGAGGACGGUUGUAGUUGAACCAUCUCCCAUUUCCGUCAUUUUCGGGGGCCAAUUUCGGUCUGUGCUGGAUGUUCCACAGAACAAAGAACCCCAGUCUAUCACGCUGGAUCCAUUCCAAACUAUUCAACUCGACAUAUCUGAUCCGGACGUGAACGACUUGGACAGUGCCUUCCUGAAGUUCAGCGAGAUGGAGCACCUUCCUUUCAAAACUUCGUCAGGCAACAACGUGGAAGCCAAGAAGCAGACGUUUAUCGACAAGCUUCCGGAAGUAUUCUUAAUCCAACUCAAGAGAUUUUCGUUUAUCAAUAACACAGACAAGAGCAAGAUCGUCAACUAUAACGCAUAUAGCGGUCAUGUGGAGAAGAUCCGCAAGAAGAUACAUUAUGGCCAUGAGUUGGCAAUCCCCGAUGCAACAAUCUCCUCCGUACACUCUUCCUUUUACAAAGAAGCGGGAACUAACUACAAGCUGAUAGGGGUCGUCUACCAUCACGGCGUGAGCCCCAGUGGCGGUCAUUACACUUGUGACGUCUACCAAGAAACCCUCAAUAAGUGGUACAGGAUAGACGAUACCAACGUGCAGGAGAUAGAGAAAGAUGAGGUUUUGAAGGGCGGCGAGGAAGGAAACGACUCGAGGACAGCCUAUAUACUAAUAUACCAAAAACUGUAA